CGCCUCUUAACGACUGCUAUUCAGGUGAUUCGUUCAGUGUCGGUGGUCAGGUUUUGGGAAAACACAACCGAGCCGAUAUGGACACCGGUGGUUUGAUCCGGGCCGGUCUCCUUCUCGUUUUCUUCAUUUGUGUGUGUGCCGUCACUGGAAGUCCUGUAGGUACUUCAACCAUUAAUUGUGCUGGAGGUGGCAAUGGACAUGUAGGUGUAGUGGAUGAAGGAUAUUCAGGGGAUGUGGAGGUGGUGAGUGGGAUCACAGAGGGUGUGAAGCUGGUGCCCUACGUCUUCCCAACACACCUGGAGUUUCUGGAGCUGAGCUUCACGCUGGGAGACGCCAGCGCGACGGUCCGCACCAAGAAGCCGCUGGACGCAGACGCGCUGGCCGCCAGUGACAGCACCUUGUAUUACUCCGUCAUGUGUGACGGCUUAAUUAAGUACAACAACACUCGGACGCUGAAAAUCAACGAUCUCAAUGACAACAGUCCGAUAUUUACACAGGAGAGCUACAGCACGUCUGUCUCUGAGACGAAAGAUGUGGACAGCGAGGUUCUUCGAGUGACAGCUGUGGACGGAGACAGCACCCCAGCAAACAACAGAGUCACAUAUUCCAUUGAACCAACGUCAGAGGACUUCACCCUGGCCACCUCAGGGGCUUUGGUUUUGAAGAGACGUUUGAACUACAACAUAGUCCAAAGGUACAACUUCAUCGUGACGGCAAAGGAUAGCGGCGGGUUAAACGACACAGCCACUGUGCUGAUUAACGUCGUCGACUUUGAUAACUUGAAUCCAUAUUUCAGCCACAACGUGUACCAGGCCUUUAUUCAAGAGAAUGAGGUUGGGUCUUUCCAGACUAUUGAGCCAGAGGCAAUAAAAGCUCAGGACGGAGACACGGGGAUCAACAUGACUGUAACUUACAGCAUCAGUGCAGUGUCUCCAGACAAGUAUCAGAGGAACUUCAACGUUGACUCCAGCAGUGGAGUUGUGUCUGUGCUGACUGCUCUAGACAGAGAGGAGAUGGACAGCAGCGUGGUCUCUGUCAGCAUCAAGGCAGCCCAGACAGAUGACAAUUUGAAGACGGCGGAUGCUGUGGUGUCUGUCACUGUUGAGGAUGUGAAUGAUAAUCCUCCAAGGUUUGACCAGCCCGGCUAUUCCGUAACACUCCAAGAGAAUUCCCCCGUUAAUGCCGUUCUGUUCAAAGCCGUCGUCACCGACCUGGACCAGGGAGGAUUUGUGGGAACUUUACGGAUCCUUCCAGAAUCUGCUCCUUUCUCUGUGGGUUCUGACGGGACAGUCAGAGUGAAGGACCCCCGAGCUCUGGACAGAGAGACCACUGAGAGCAUCACGUUUGAGAUUGAAGCAAGGGAGACGAAUCCACCCAACGCUGUUGAAGUGGUGGAAGUCAAUGUGACUCUUCUGGAUGAGAAUGACAACAGUCCUGCAUUCACCUUUAACAAGUAUGAGGGGAAAGUGUUUGCAAAUCAAACAGUGGGAAUGCAGCUGGUCCAGGUUAAGGCAGAAGAUCCGGAUGCUGGCGAGAACGGGCAGAUCAAAUACUACAUCGACUUUGGCAACAAUGACGGCUUCUUCUCAAUCGAAGAAAAUAGUGGAGACGUCACGCUAGCUAAGAUCAUUCCCCUGCUGCAGAACGAGAUAUCGGAGUUCCCUCUCUACAUAACAGCCAGAGAUGGUGGCACCAUAUCCCGCUCCUCCUCAGCACAGGUGAAGAUUUUGGCCCCUGGUGACUCAAACCCUCAGUUUUUACACAACGUGUACCGCGGCACUUUAGAAGAAGAGCAGGAUGCAGGAGUUGUGAUUCUGACUGUGGACUUCCUCUCAUUAGCUGCUGAAGUUCCUGUGACUCUCCAAGUUGUUACAGAAGCUGACAAGUUCAUCAUCUCCGACAACGGUGACUUCUCCACUAAAGUGAAGCUCGACUACGAUGAGGCCCCACACAACUACUCUGUGGCCAUCUCCAUCUCCGACGGGGUCAACAUUGACAAUGCAGUCGUGGAGGUUGAAGUCACUGACGUCAAUGAUAACAGUCCUGUUUUUACCUCCAGUUCUGUCACGAAAUCAGUCCCCGAGGACACAGAGGUAGGAUCCAAUGUUACUGCUGUUCCAGCUACAGACAAAGACAGCAACUUCAACGAGGAGAUCAGAUACUCUCUGAGAGGAGGAGAGGGCAGGUUCUCUGUUGACCCUGCGUCUGGGAUGGUGAGUGUGGCCGGUGCACUUGAUAGGGAGACUAAGGCAGAGUACAACCUGCUGGUGCUGGCUGAAGAUCGGGGUCGUCCUUCCAGGUCGGCCACAGCCUCCCUGCUGGUCCAAGUGUCCGACAUCAAUGAUAACGUCCCCAAGUUCUCAAAGGCCGAGUAUCAGCUUGAAGUCUUAGAGACACAGUCAGCGGGUACAAGCUUGCUCACCUUAUCAGCUGUGGACCCCGAUGAAGAAGCCAACGGGAGAAUAACUUACAGUAUUCUCCAGCAAAGUCCCUCCCCAGACCCUCCUGUUUUUGAGUUGGACUCUUCCAGCGGGACUCUGCAGCUGGUCCAGCCUCUGGACUACAGUGAGGUUAAGGUGUACAGUCUCACGGUUCAGGCCUCUGAUGGGGGGACUCCCUCUCUGGUUGGGAACAGCUCUGUGGUGGUGAAGGUGAAGGACGUGAACAACAACCCGCCUGAGUUCGGUAAGGAGAACUACAACGUGGCCGUCUCUGAGAACCUGGCCAGCGGUGCGUCCAUCCUCACCCUGGAGGUCACAGACAGGGAUGAGGGUGGAUUCUCCGGCGGUUACUUCCUCUAUACCAGUGACACCUUUGACAUUAGCGACCAAGGUUUGGUCUCGGUGAGGAACAACGUCACCUUGGACAGAGAGACACAGGACAGCUACGUACUGCAGGUGGUGGCGGUGGAUCAAGUCACUGACGGUCUGAGCUCCACAGCCCAGCUCAACAUCACCGUCCUGGACUACAACGACAACACUCCGCAGUUCCCGACUAUCCCCGACACGCUCCAGAUCCCCGAGGGCGACUACUCGGAGGUCACUCCGGGAGACAUCUUCACCAUCGUGCCCACGGACGCCGACCUCGGCCCCAACGGGGAGGUCACCCUCUCCCUCCUCCCCCCUCACCCGCUCUUCAGAUUCAGAGAGGACGGGACGUUGCUGGCUGUCGGCUCUCUGGAUCGGGAGAGCAGAGAAACGUAUGAGCUGUUUGUGAAGGCCUCAGACAAAGGCAGCCCGCAGCGGGAGAACAUCACCAGCAUCAGGGUGAGCCUCAUCGACGUCAAUGACAACAGACCUGAGUUCAGCUCCAGCAGCUACGUCAGCAGCAUCCUUCUGAAAGACGCCAAGGAAGGGAAGCUGCUGCUGACGCUGUCCGCCACCGACGGCGACGCCGGCAACAACUCGCUCAUCACCUACAGUUACUCUGCAGGAAGUCCUCGGUAUUUGGCCUUAAACAGUGAGACCGGGGCCCUGACGUUGACCUCGGACCUCACCGAUCUCACACAGGACACCACAAUGGUGCUGACAGCCCGGGCUCAAGACCACGGCCAGCCUCCUCUGAACUCCACAGCUCACGUCGUGGUGAAUCUCAGGCUUGUCAGUCUGGGGGAGGGCGUGGCCUUCGGGAGCUCCUCCUACAACUUCAGCGUACGUGAGAACCAGCAGCCGGGGGCGGAUGUGGGGAGGGUCUCGGCCUUCUCAGGAAGUGACCUCUACGACGUCGCCUACGCACUGAACACACAUACUGACCUGUUCUCCGUCAGUGCCAGUGGAGCCGUCCUGACCAGAACACAGCUGGACAAAGAGGAGCAGGAGUGGUACAUCCUGGAUGUGGAGGCAGUGGACACACGGACCCCCCCUACGUCAGCCAUUACAAUGGUCAGAGUUCAGGUGGAGGACGUGAACGAGUCUCCUCGGUUUCUCUCCGAGGUGUAUAAAGCCUCUGUGUUCAGCAUAGCCCCGUACAAAACCCCCGUCGUCCACGUCAAGGCUUCAGACCCUGAUGUGGGUGAAGAGGGUCAGCUGGUCUACAGUCUGACUGCAGACAGUCCUCACUUUGACGUGGACCCGUCCUCGGGUGUGGUGUACGUGGUGUCGGCGGUGGGACUGGCUGGACAGACGGCUGCAGUGGAGGUGAACGCCAAAGACCCCCGAGGACUUUAUGCUACAACCAAGCUGGAGGUGGAAGUGCAGGGAAGCGCGAGCAGCGCUGACGUGGUGGUCAUCUCCCUCAACCAGCCGGCCAACAUCGUGGAGAAGAAAGUCCCAGAGUUGGAGAAGUCUCUGGGUGCGGCUCUGGGCUGGACGGUGAACAUCAUCGAGGUGUCGAGCGCUAACGGCGGAUCCUCCUCCGAGUCCAGAGCGCAGAGCGCCGCCGUGAAGACUCUGGUCAGCUUCAUCACCAAGAACAGAGCAGAGGUCGUUUCCUCCACAGAGGUCACAGAGAAGCUGCAGAGUCAAUCAGCUUCUGUGAGGGCGGCGCUGGUCAAAGUGUUCGGGGAGGGGCUUCACUUCGACGUGGAGCUGAAGCCUCAAAGUCCCGCCUCCAGCCAGGCUGCGGUCAUUGCUCUGGGCACCAUGGUGGCCCUGUGCAUGCAGGGAUUGAUUGUUGCCAUUGCCUUGAUCAUCAGGUUCAAGAGGACGCAGAAGCAUCAGGAUUCUGACAAAGAGAGUUUUGACAUUGACCGAUCUGCUGAAGGUUACAGGAACCAGUCUUUGGACAUUCAUGAAACCUUUGGACGGGGACAGACGAGGUCACAAGAGAAAGCAGCGGAGGACGAUCGGCAGAGGACGGAUAGACAGACGGACGACGGUGGGACAGUAAAGACAGACGGAAACAUUGUGAAGUUCAAACGGGACAGCCAGACGGAGGACCGUGAUGACAGCAGCAGUUCUCUCUGAUCUGAACACGACAGCUUUCAGUCCGACUGUACGGAGUCUGCAGAGUGCCACUAAAAUAAUUAGUUUAAUUAUAGUCCGUUUAAACGCGUUUCUUUCACGACUUCUAACGAAGUCGAGCACACGUGAGCUCUUAUUCUUUAGUAUGAUUUUAUUUAUUCCUUCAUGUGGCUGCUGAAGUGUUUUAAAAACAUUCUAAACAUCUAUUUGUGAAUCGAUUUCUUUUAUUUACUUUGAAAUGAUCUAACAGAGUAAGAACAAACUUCCUGCUGCUGCUUGAUUUCUUAGGCCUCGUCUGCACAUAUAUGGAUUUUAUUUCCUUUGUGUUUCGGCCUCUCGUCCACACAAACAGAUUUAAGUCCCGAACAGACUUUUUAAAACUCCCGUAGUUGCUUUGAGUAAUGACUGCUGUUGAAAAUCUGACAAAAAGCUAGUAAAUAGAUUUCAAAACUCCCAGACCGGACAACGCCAUGGU